UUCUUCAAAAAAAGUCGUAAAUAUAAAUUUUUUAUGCCAUAACCUCCAACUAAUAUGCAUCUACAUAGCUAAAUUUGCGCGAAAGAAGCAUUGCUGUCUCCAGUUGCUAUUUCGAGCAGCAUUCUAAACUCAUUAAAGUCAUUUUUCUUUUCCCCAUAAUUAUUUUUUGAUUAUUCUCCGAUUUUAUUAGAAAAAUAACUAAUUAUCUUAACCGAAAGCAGCGAGGCUUGUUUAAGAAUGGAUCACUUUGCUUUAGUUAUACAAUUUUUUAGUGCCUUUUCUACCUUUCUCUUGACUCCUUUUUUUUUGCCACGCUCUUGCUUUACUUAUUACCCGGUUUUUAUAGUCGUCACAAAAAGUACUCGCUUUACAGCGCACGUUCUUAUUAACUAGCAGCGGCGGCGAGUACUCUUACAUGUCGCGUGCGCCUGCCAUUCUAUUUUCAACUUCUCUCCUCCCUUUUUCUGCUCACCCCAAGACCCUUUAAUGCAUUUUCACUAUAUGUACUUACUUCUUAUAAUUUUACCAUUUAUAUUGGCUAACAAGCGGCAAGUAACCACUUUGUUUGAUAGCUUUUUUUGUUGCUUUAUAGCCAAGCAUGCUUUUCUACAUAGAUUUGUUUAUAAUUUCCGGUUUAUUGGUUGUCCAGGUAACCAACCAUCAAAUAAACAAACUAAUCUGCUUACAUACAUAUCUACAUAUACUUUGUAUACUAUAUCUAUGCUUAUAUCUUAAUGAAUUUGCGUGCCAUUGUCCGCUCGUUGUUGGCCUUCUAGUUGAUUCCUGCGAGAAGGUGCAAAUACUGAACGAGUAACUCGUUACCGCUCACUGCUUGGAUAGUGUACUGAUUAACAUUACUAAUUUUUAAGCUCCACACAGCGCACACAUAUUUAAUUAUAUAGAUGGAAGUUAUAGUAAGUCCACUUUCUCAGCUGGAACUGUGGGGUUUUGAAGUAAACCUCUAGGCUACCAGGUGUUUUGUGGAGAGCAUGCAACUUGGCACUCGCUCUAUUGACGUUCGGUGUUCAACUGCUCAACUGCUGAAAUGCUUUUUAAAACUUUCGAGCUUUUGAAAGCAUCGAGCGAAAAAACUCAAUUUAAUAGAAUUUAAAAAAGAAUUAAAAAUAUUAAAAAACAAUUAAAAAAAAAAUUAAAAUAUAAAAUUAAAAAAUUCGAAGGAACAUUGGAAAACCUCGAGCCGGCAAUCGUAAAUUUUCGUGUUAUGAGAAAUGUGCGUGUAUUCGCUGUUUAAGUGCUUGGAUUGUAAUCUCUAGAGUGUUUUUCUACCGUCAUCAUUAUGAUAGGCGUGUUACCGUUUUGCAACAAUUUUUUUUCCAAAUCGCCUCCGAACGGCUGAUGAGCUUUUUAUUUCACGUCAGAAAUACACUCAAAGGUGUUGAAAUUUUUAUUUUACCGAAAGACGACCGUAAUCAAUUGUUUGCUAUAAUUUUUGAUGUUGCACCUGAAUGCGAUCCAUUGAUUUUCCGCAUUAGAGACGCACCGCUGAGUGCUCUGCAACUGCGACCACUUGAAAUUACCGGAACAGGUUUUUUUUUGGUACAAACGAGAGCUUUUCUGCUUAAGUAUCCAGUACCUCACGUGUUCGCCCUAAUCUUUUGCAAUUUUCCACCUUUAGCGUCACCUUCAUAUUUUCCUCAUUUCUUGCCGGCCGGUCAGUCAAAUGCAACUAACUUUCUUUAGUCAAACAUAUGUACAUAUGUAUGUACAUAUAUCUGAGUAAUACUAUCAACCAACGCCAUUACCGUCACACUAAUGCCACACCAUAGGCAACACGCCUCACAGCACCUCACCCACCAACAGCGGCAUCAUCAAUGUAGGGCUAGUUGGCGAGCCGACUAGUCAACUCAUACCCGUUUUUCGCCCAGUUCUUUUUUCCUUGCUGCUUUUCCCCCCAUUUGUUUUGUACGCUCAAAAAACGCUUCGCUAUAACGUCGUCAGGCCAACGUUGUUCAGAUUGUUUUCAACACUGGUCGCGUAAACAUUGCUCGUUGGUUGCUGCGCUCUAUGCACGCUCGAGUCGUCGCCGUCGUCGUUCGUAUUCGUUGAAUGCAGUUCGUCGUUGUUGUUAAUAUCGUGAUUGUUUCUUGUGUGUGUGCUUAUUGUAAAAAUAAGCUGAGUGGAUUUUGCGUUUAUUAGUAUAUAUUUUUUUUGUGCUUUGCGGUUUACGUCUUCUUGUUGUUGUUUUUUUUGUAGUGUUUUUUAUUAUCGUAUUUUUGCGUUGCAAAUUUGCAAAAAUAUAAUUUUUAGAUUAUAUACUACAUACAUGCAUAUGUGUUUUGCUUAUUUGUGUUUGUUGCUUUUUUUCUGUGGCUUGUCGCUUUGACCCCCCAGCAAAACGUAUGUAUGUAGGACAUUUGCCGGCAAUAAUAACAAUAUGCAAGUUGGCGACGCCGUCGCCGCCGUCACUGCGUGUAAUUCGUAUGGCUGAAGCCAGUUGACUUUAAGUAUAUUAUUAUUGUUGUUUUUGUAUUUUAUAUAAUUCCGUUGCUACCUCUGAGGGUGGUAGAUUCGGCAGGCAAUGCCAACGCCAGCAUGCAAUAAUGUAACGCCAGCGUUGGUCAACAAUGCCAAAUUCGCGUGUCGUUGGCAACGCGACAUACAAACAAAACGUCAGAGUCAUCGCCGUGCUUUUCUUCAGUUUCAAACGAAAUUCGCUUAUAUUUUGGAAGCGUGCAUGAACUUUCGUUAAUUUUUCGCGCAAAUUUUAAAUAAAUGAUGGUUAGUGUUUGUUGUUGUGGCAAUAAAAAAGGGAAACCUUAAACGAAUGCAGAAAAUAGUGCGAAAAACAUGUGUAAAACAAAUGUAAAAUAAAUUAAAUUGUGUGAAAAUAAGUGAAAGGUGCAAAUUGCUGCUCAUCAAUAUGCUUAAAAUUGGCAGUUAGUGUAGCUGCAAGCAAGUAAAAAAACUAAAAAUAUUUCAAACAAAAGACCAAAAUUAAAAAAAAAUGGUUGAAAUGAAAACUAAAUUUUAAAAAAUAAAUUAAAUAAUAUUUUACGCAAAAUAUUACAAAAUCAAUGUCUAACAGCUACACAAGCAGUUAGCAAUAAAACAAUAACAAUAAAUAUUGUUAUAAACAACAAAAUCAACAACAAGUGAUAAUGUGCCUUAAACUCGUUUGAAAAUAUAAACAGAAAAUUAAGAAAAUAAAAUUUUUGAAUAAAAAAAAGAAUUAAAAAAACUAAUUUUUUUUUUGAAAAUAACAAAAAAUAUAAUAAAAUAUUCGCUACAACAAAACGUAUAUUUAAAACAACAAUUCAAUUAUCUGGCCAAAAAAAUAUACGCAAUAUAGCCGAAAAAAAUUGCCAGGCCUUCCAAACCGCAAAAUACUCAACACCCUUACGCGCUUAAAAUAGUGCUUACUCACCACACGCCCACGCGCCGCAGAACAGACAGUGUCCCAACUAAGCGUUGGAAUCGCAUUAAGAUUAAAAGUAAUAAAACAAACAAAAAAAAAAAUCUGCCUUCACAAAACGCCGUCGCUUCAUAAUGAGUAGCCAACCGGCCAGCCAGCCCGACAGCAUCGACUUAGCCUAUGACAUGUGGGCUGGCCAAUUCGAAUUUGUCGGACCCGCCACGAACGCCACACAAAACGGCAGCAGCAAUAGCAAUAGCAAUAGCACCACCAGCAGUACAAUAACGCUUAACAAUCACAACAACAACAACAUAAACUUCGGCAACGCCGAUCAACAUCGACGUUCCACCGAGAGUUUAGAAGAUUUGAAUCUCAAUUUCGAUACGACCUCCACGCAGGCGACGCUCAGCAGCAGCGCUUAUUCAUUGGGUUGUAAUCAAUAUCAAUAUAAUUUCGGCAAACAACCGAUACUCAUUGAUCAGGAGCAGUUUUUAAGUUUAAAUCCGGCUGAUUUUGAAGAUAUUGUGCCAUCGGGUCCCAAUUCGUUGGUGUUUAUUGAGAAUAAAUUGAGUGACGAUCAUUGUGAAUUGGGUAGUGAACAAAUUAAUAAUAACAAUAACAACAAUAACAAUAAUAAUAAUAAUAACAGUAAAUUGGUUAACUUGGAAACACUCACCAGUAAAUUUAAUUCGAAUAAAACGAAUAAUACAAAUACGAACGGUUUUAAGUUGGAAAAUUUGAAGAAUUUCAAAAAUAAAUUACUCUGUGAUUUCGAGGAUAAAACGUCGUUGAUGAAUGGUGUUGGUGGCGGUGUUGUUGUUGGGAGUGCCUCGUUGGAUGCUGGCGAUAUGCAAUCGCAUCAUUGUUGCAACAACAAAAUGAAUGGCUUGAGUGCCGAAAUCUGCGAUAAUCUCAACGAACAAGUAAGCAUUUAGUAUUAGUGAGAUAUUUGAGUGGAUUUGUUUUUGUGAGAAAAAUUAUUAACUUUUUUUUUACAGUUUUUAAAUACUUUUUAAAACUUUUAAUGUAACAAAUAAAGUAUCAUAAGGGCUGGCUAAACUCAUUU